AUCCAACAUACAUUUUUUUUACGUCGAAACAUCAAUGCAGUCUCGUCUUCCUGGCAUGAGCUUGUAUCUCAAAAUCUGUUUCAUUGUCAUCCUUUUUGUUGCACACGUUGUUGCGCUACCUGUUUCCGGCUCAGUAAUUCCUGUUUGUGCAGAUUUGUAUGAGCGUAUUCUAACUACAUCAUUCUUUAGGAACUCGUCCACCGAGCCGACCAAGCUGGCCCAGCCAAUCCACUCGACAAUUUAUUUUUGGGUGAUCCCCGAAGCGCUUGGACAAUCAUGAUCGUCUUCUUCUUGCCUUUGAAAGUGACCCCGAAAGU